AGAACGCUCGCCGUCGUCGCCACCGUCCGCGACGCUGUCAGCGUCGAUGAAGGUCCUAUACCCUGCGUCGCACCUGCUCUCUGCGCUCAAUGACCAUCUGCUUGCUAUCAAGAUAGCGCGACACUCGCCAUGCUCCGCGUGCGAGGCGUGCUCCGGCCUUCAUCCAUCUUUCGGCGUCUCCGUUGCGCUCGACGUCAAGGGUGAAGAUAGCGACUCAGCUGCGGUCAGUAACCCCUUUGCAUUCAACGAGGACGAGGAGGAUGAGGGCGACGCUGGCUACAUUGAGAGCUGUGCUUGUGGUCACUCCGUCAAGGAUCAUGGCGCCGAUCAGGUUGUCCUCGGACGGGAUGAAUUCAUGCGUAGGGGCAAGGUAGCGAUACGAAUAGAUGAGCUGUUGAUGGAUGCGCACAGACUGUUAGAAUUCGAUUAUGUAGACGGAGAUAUCUUGUCGCUUCGACAGCAAAUGAAGCUGCCGGGCGCGUCCAAACCUGCCUCCUUCGGCUCUCGUUCUCCAGCGCCACCAUUUCAGACUUAUUCCACAUCAUCCUCCGCCGCGUCUUCCCCAUCUACACUCAGCGACGACGUACCCACAGCUCCCCCAUCAAAGAAGCGCAGGGUUUCCUUCUCAUCUUUGAGCGAGCAAGACGACGACGAUGAUGACGAGGAGCCACUCGCGUCGCGCGUCGCGUCCAAGAUCGCCCAAAACCAAUCACCCAGUAAACGGCAUCCUGGCACCGGACAGAAAGCAGGAAAAGCAUCGACUGGACUGGCCCCACAAACGCAGACAACGCUCGCGCCAGUAUCGGUCGCCCCCAUUGGCACGCCAGAACUGGAGGAGAUGAACAACGGUCGGUCGAAACCACGAAAGACACCAGAACCGAAGGUCAAAGUCGAAGACAAGCUGGACGAGACACAACUCACGCGGCUAGCCACUGGUGUCAGCGUCGACGCCGCCGGCUCAGGUGGCGUGCUCCCGCCACCGAAAGCCGAGAAGCCAUACGUCGCCGAGCUAGAAAAGGGCAUAAUCAAGAUCGUCCCUGUGAUAAACGACGGAGAGCCCCGGUCGAGCAUAUUGUUCACGGGGCUGAAGACCCUCUUCCAGAAGCAGCUCCCGAAGAUGCCGCGCGAGUACAUCGCCCGACUCGUCUACGACUACAACUCGCGCGCACUCGCCAUCAUCAAGCGCGGCCUCAAAGUCGUCGGUGGCAUUCUCUUCCGCCCCUUCCCCCAACGCGGCUUCGCCGAGAUCGUCUUCUUCGCCAUCGCCGGCGUCGAUCAGGUCCGAGGCUACGGUGCGAUGCUCAUGGACAACUUCAAGAUGCACAUCCGCCAGACCUAUCCAGACAUGCAGUAUUUCCUCACGUACGCGGACAACUACGCCGUUGGCUACUUUGAGAAACAGGGCUUCUCGAAGGAGAUCUCUCUCGACCGCUCUGUCUGGGCUGGCUACAUCAAGGACUACGAAGGCGGGACGAUUAUGCAGUGCACGCUGCUGCCGAAGGUGGACUAUCUCAAGAAGCAGGAGAUCGUACGCACGCAGCAGGAGGCGGUCUUGAAGAAGAUUCGGGAGAUCAGCCGGAGUCAUAUUGUACACCAAGGCAUCCCGGAGGAAGUGUGGGCGAAGGCAAUGGCCAGGAAGCCACCAAAUUAUGAGCCGAAAGAACAGAAAGAUGAGAUGGUCCUCAGUCAGGAAGAGGUUCCCGGUCUCAAGGAGAGUGGCUGGACGCCCGACAUGAUCGUCGUUACGCAGGUCCCUCGACGAAAUCCAGACUUCGCCUACAUGGAGCGUUUACUGGCAGACCUGAAGGGACACUCGAAAGCGUGGCCCUUCCUCAAGCCUGUCAACAAAGACGAAGUACCUGACUAUUAUGAUGUCAUCACGGAACCCAUGGACUUUGAGAAGAUGGAGCACAAGCUCACGACGCUGCAGUACAAUAACGUCGACGAGUUCGUCGUUGAUGCGCAACUCGUGUUCGACAAUUGCCGUCGUUAUAAUCCGUCGGAUUCCGUCUACGCGAAAGCGGCAAACGGGCUGGAGAAGUUCAUGAAAGACCGCUUAGCCGCUGCUGGGCGGUGAAUUCGCUCGUGGGCAGAGUGUAUCACGGGCGAAAACUCACUUUACUGCGCUGGACCGGUGCGGACACCUUGACUCGGCACUUUAUCGCUGUACUAUUUAUCUGUUGUAUCAUAUGCCUCUUUCUGUGCUGUCUCAAUGCCUUCGGCGCGCUGUGUAGCGGCCUUCACCCGGGAUCCGCGAGUGCCCGU